AUGUUCAGCAAGGUCAUCGUCGCAAGCGUACUGCUCGCAAGCGCAUACGGACGUGCGCUGUCUGAGCAUUCCUCUCGCGAGCUCGCCCUUUCCAAGUAUGAUGAGCUCAUCGCCCGCAGUCGCGUGGCAUCCGUCAAUCAUGCCAACGAGGACUUUGUCAAGCGUGGCUAUCAAGGCAUCAUCCUGACCGUCUACGUGCCACCCAUCACGAAGCCUCUGGCCGGUGUGACGUGGUACUCUGGCUCGAAACAGCGCGUCGAAUGGUCAACUGCCAAACUCCCCGAAGAUGGCAAAAAGCAGAAUGGCACGCUCGUUCUCGGCUAUCUCGCUGACGAUUCUGAGCAUCUCAUGCUAGACACGCCCCUUGCCAAGGACUUCAAGCUCGGCCGCGGUCAUACGUACAUCACAGUGCCCGACGUACCCGAACGUGAUGAUUACAUUCUCUGUCUCUUCGGCGACUCGGGCAAUAUCUCGGCUCUCUUCACGAUCAAACCUCAGCCGCCUGCCAAGCGUGAUCUCAACAUCAACCUGGACUCGCAAGACACAGAGGUGCUCAAGCGUGCCCUUGAUGAGAUCCACGACGAGCUCGACAAACGCGAACGCCAGCUCUUCCAUGAGACGCUCGACCGCCGUCAGGUCCACGACGAUCAGUUUCACGGUGUCAGCGUCUGA